AUGCAUUCAUCGUAAAAAUUACAAACGAAAUAAUAAUGUUUGAUACUAAUUAAAAGGUGUAAUAUUUUAGUAUCAGAAUUAGGUGAAAAUAUAAAUGCGAGGCCAAUGUAUGAUACGCCUUUGUGAAAACAAAUGGGUAUCUUGCAUAGCAAGGCAGCUUGUCUGAAACGAAAAAUUGACGAGUCUACUAGCAAUUCAAGUUUAUCUAAUUUACGCUAUAUACUAAAUGCUGAUAAACCAAAAUGGAAUCCGUUUUGGAAAAGAAAGAUAUCUCCGGUGCAAACGUUUUCAGCUACAUCUCGUAAGCUAAUGAAAGGAUGUGUUUGUGGUAACAUGAGGCCGUGCAAACAAAAGAUAACACCAAAAGGGGUCAUUAUGCAUUAUCCAAAAAAAAAAAAGGCAUUUACCAACUUCCGACGAAGAAAGGAAUUAACUCCCGAAAAACGUGGUCGCAAUAUAAAGUGCCACAGCGUUGGGAUGCCCUAUAGGAUCAUUCAACUUAUUUCAUCAGCUGCCUUGUAUACAAAAUAAAGUUGAAUUUAUAACACAUAAGAAAUUUCCUGCUUGGUAAAAAGACAAGAAUUAGUAAGUGUUCUCUUAUUCCUGUGUUGAAGAUGUAAUGUUGACCAGUUUAACUCGAAUGAUAAUAAAUAUACACCUACAAUUUCA